AAUCAGCUGUUAUGCGUUGUUGUCAUUUCCUUCAUUCGUAACAAAUUGAAUAUUCGUCGAUUAUGCCUCUUCUUUGAUUCGCACAACAAAGGGUGUCAUUUGUUGUGUAUUUCUGAGUCGUAGACAUUCCGGAAUAGUUACCUCCAUUAUUGAACUUGAACGCCUUGAACAACAGAACUCCUUCAAUUCCAUCAGGCAAAUCUAAUUGGUAUUCGGUAUGGAGAAGUUAGAGGCAUUGAAAAUGUCCUCAAUGAGGAGGACAAAUAUUCUCGAUAGACCGCUAUCCAAAGGAAAAUCGGAAGUCUCUCAAAGUAUUGUGGCUUUGUUGUUCAGUGAAAUUGUCCAAUAUUGCCAAAGUAAAGUGUAUACUGUGCCGGAACUACAAAAUCGCCUCCAUGAAAUGGGCCAAGAUGUCGGCACCCGAGUCAUUGAUCUCUAUUUUAUGAGGGAACGCAGUUCGAAACGUGAAACCAAGCUGACACAAAUGCUUUUGUUUGUCAAGACAACGGUGUGGAAGAAUCUGUUUGGCAAAGAAGCGGAAAAAUUGGAACAUGCCAAUGACGAUGAGAGGACCUAUUAUAUUAUUGAAAAACAACCCUUGGUAAACACAUAUAUUAGUGUGCCAAAGGAUAAGGGGACACUGAAUUGUGCAAAUUUCACAGCUGGAAUAGUGGAAGCAGUUUUAACACAUUGCGGCUUUCCUUGUAAAGUGACAGCCCAUUGGCAUAAGGGUACCACCUAUAUGAUCAAAUUCGAGGAUUUUGUUAUAGCCCGUGACAAGCAAUUAGAGGAAAAAUAAAUUGUUAAAAGCAAACACAUUCUUAAAAUUUCCUUUAGAAAUACAUAAUUACACUAAUGCACUUA